AUGAAGAGGUCGAUUUCUCCAUCUGUUAAAGGGAGCAUAACAACAUCUGAAAAUGCAAAAGAUUUUCUUAAGUCAAUUGGGGAGUUUUUCCAAGAAUCAAAGAAGGCUGAGAUAGGUACAUUGAUGGGGCAACUCAUUGAUGUCAAGUACAAUGGAGAGGAUUGUGUUAUGACUCACAUACUCAAUAUGCUCGAGAUUGGGAACAAAUUGAAAGCACUCAAUGUCAAUGUAGACGAGACAAUGAUGGUACACUUUGCUAUUAAUUCUCUGCCAAAUGUUUUUAGACAUCUCAAAAGCACAUAUGUGGCUCAAAAGGAAAUCUGGACGAUAAUAGACCUCAUAAGCAUAUGUGUGCAGGAUGAGCAAAAUGUAAGAAAGGAGAAAGCUGAGGAGCAUGUCAAUUUGUACAUGAAGCCAAACCAAAAGCCAAGGAGACUGUUAAGAACAAAACUGCAGGCAAGAAAAAUAAGAAGGAAGAAGAUUCAAAAGGACUUAAUCCAGUAG